UCUGUGUUAAUUUGCCCCUUUAUCUUCUUAAGAAGCACCUUAACCACUCGAUGUGUUGACGAGAAUCCAUGUAUGUUGCUGUGAUUAAGGAAAAGCUAAUAGGCUAUGCAUGAAAACGAACUAGUAUAUUGAAGUUUUUAGUUAAUUCCAACGUUUACUAUUCUUUUGGAGCCUGUUGAAGUUGAACAUUUCAUUUAAGGGGUUUACUAUUCAGAAAGCAGCCCGAAGGUCCUUUGGACCUGUGCCAUGGCACAUGCGCAAUUGGACAGUUUGAAUUCUAGGCCAAGACGCUAAAAGACAAGCAAGAUAGAAUUGUAAGCAACACAUUUGAUCUACUUCCAUCAUUAUUAGCAAGGAAUAAGAAGGCCAACUUUGUAAAAGAUGAGAGAUAGGGUUCCUUCAUGGAAAUGCCCCAACAGACAACCUGGCGGAACCCCACAGUUGGAUGAAAUCAAUGAAUAGAAAAUAGAAGAAAAACCAGGAAUAAUAAUCUGGUGGCGGCAAAAAUAAAGGAGGAAAAAUGUAUUCACCUUGCAUCAGAGAGGCCUCGGAAGUCUGCUUUCAUGGGUGUUGUCCAACACCUUCUCUUGGCCUGCAUGGACACCAACCUGUGACAUCCAUAACGAGUGCUGCUGCAUCACGCUGUGACUUUGAAAUUGCCAUGGCUUCCUCUAUAUACCCCAAUUCUCAAUUCACCAAUCAUGAGUCUCUCCCAUCAUUACAAGAAUCAUUCUCCAAUUUCAUCAAAGCAUUUCCACAAUAUUCUCUGACUGAGAAGGCUGACAAAAUCCGAGAACAAGAAUACUACCAUCUUUCCCUGUCCAAACAUGUUUGUCUUGAUUAUAUUGGCCAUGGCCUCUUUUCCUACUUCCAGCAACAGAGUCUAUGUCAGGCUUCUUCAAGUGCUUCAACUUCAACUUCUCCACCACUGCAUUCUAGUACUGCUUUUGAACCUCCCUUUUUUGAUAUUUCCUACAAGUCAGUGAGCUUGAAGUCUCAGUUACAAUAUGCUGGCCCAGAAUCAGACCUGGAAAACAAGAUCCAAAAAAGAAUUACGGCCUUCAUGAAUAUAUCUGAAGAUGAUUACAACAUGGUUUUCACUGCCAAUCAGUCAUCUGCAUUCAAACUUCUUGCAGACUCUUAUCCAUUUCAAUCCCAUAGAAAUCUCCUUACAGUUUAUGACUACGAGAACGAGGCGGUGAAAGUGAUGAUUGAAAGCUCAGAGAAGAAAGGAGCACAGGUCAUGUCAGCUGAAUUCUCGUGGCCUACACUGAAAAUACAGUCAGGAAAACUACAGAAGAAGAUAGCAAGUAAGAAGAAGAAGAAGAAGAAGAAGGGGCUAUUUGUUUUCCCACUUCAGUCAAGGAUGACAGGAGCUAGGUAUUCAUAUUUCUGGAUGAGUAUGGCUCAGGAAAAUGGGUGGCAUGUCUUGCUUGAUGCAACUGCAUUAGGACCCAAGGAUAUGGAGACUUUAGGCCUCUCCCUCUUCAAGCCUGAUUUUCUUAUUUGUUCUUUUUUCAAGGUUUUCGGCGAGAAUCCAUCUGGUUUUGGGUGUCUGUUUGUGAAAAAAUCAAGUAUUUCAGUUUUAAAGGAUUCAACUAUUUCUCCGAGCAUAGGUAUAGUAAGGCUUGUGCCAGCUACAAGACCAUCUCAGCAAUCCGAAGAGCCUUCUACUGCUGAUAUAGAAACUGAGUCAAAGGGAAAUCUUGAGCUAUCUAGUGCUGAUGUUUUGCCAGGCUCAUCCUCAGAUCCAAUAUUGAGUCAGCACGUAAGUAGAAAAACUUCUGAAUUGCACGAAAUUGAAGAGAUCGAUGUGAAACAGAAAGCACCAGAGACUGAGGAAUUAUUGGCACCAUCUGAAUCCACCCAAUUUAAAAUGAUUGAAAGCAGCAUCAGUUGGAACCCAGAACUCGAAUAUAGGGGAUUGGAUCAUGCAGAUUCAUUGGGCUUGAUACUAAUCAGUGCCAGAGCAAGGUACCUUAUAAAUUGGUUGGUAAAUGCAUUAAUGAGUCUUCAACAUCCACAUUCAGAAAAUGGGCAACCCCCAAUUAGCAUCUAUGGGCCAAAGAUAAAGUUUGAGAGAGGACCAGCAGUGGCAUUCAAUGUAUUUGAUUGGAAAGGAGACAAAAUUGAUCCUGCACUAGUACAGAAACUUGCUGAUAGAAACAACAUUUCUUUAAGUUAUGGAUUUUUGCACAAGAUUUGGCUCCCAGACAAGCAUGAAGAAGAGCGGAGGUGGACAUUGGAGACAAGAACAAGUGGAGGAGGAUCAAUCUUAAAUGAGAAGAGAGAUAAACCACAUUCUGGAAUUUCUGUUGUCACAGCUGCUCUUGGAUUCUUGACAAAUUUUGAGGAUGUUUACAGGCUUUGGGCAUUUGUUUCGCGAUUCCUGGACGCAGACUUUGUCGAAAAAGAGAGAUGGAGAUACACAGCUCUUAAUCAGAAGAUAAUUGAAGUUUAGUUUACACUCAAUUCUUUUAUUCUUUCAUAUUAUUAGGAUCAAUUAUUUUACAUGUAUCAACACAAAAGCUAAUGCAACAACACAGUAUCACCUCUCUCUCUCUCUCUCUCUCUCUCUCUACAGUAAAGAAAAUAACACAGUUGUGUUGGAUUUGGACUUUGGUAAAGCAUAUCACAGAGAAGAACAGAAUGUCAAAUGUAAGUGAGAUUGUGACAGGAUUUUGUUUUAAAUAAAAUAAGUAACAUUUAUCUGCA